AAUCCACAAUAGUUGUUAGGUGUUGUCAAUAUUACAUUAAAUAACAUUUACUAGUUCUGAAAUUUAUUUGCGAUUCGUAAAAUAAUUGAAAUAAAAAUGCCUCCGAACGCCAAACUUGAAGGCAUAGUGCAAAUUGCACUGCCAUUUAGUGCAAAUUGCGACCAACCGACUUACAAUAAAGAAGGUCCGAGUUUAGAAGGACCUAGUGCCGUGUAUUACAGUGGCAGCAGUGUCCAGCACCAGUUGGGUGAUGAUGAUGAACCUGGUGUACGAAUUACUACGAGGGCUAGGUUUACCUAUGAGCUCGACAGGUUCAAAAAACAUGCUGCGUUGAUCAUAAUCAACAGUUAUGCAUGUGUAUUCGAUGUGAGCAUAGCCGUAACAUGUGCAUUAAUGUUUGAUCGCCACAGAUUUGACUACACAUUCAUUGAUACUGAAAACGACAGUCGAGAAGAGAAUUGGCAGAAAAUUUACCAAUUUUUCCAACAAGAUUUCUCAAGCAUUGGGGCAGUAGCGGUAGCAACGUUGUCCUGUGACGUGGACACAGAGAACAGCAUCAAAGAGUGGGAUGUGUUGAAUUAUCUGAUUAGCAACCAACCUUCUGCUCUUCAGGAUAAACCGAAGAUCUUCAUCAGUGAGGCACUUGAGCCGUCCAGUCCUCCUCCAGUGACAAAUCUUCCAAGUGAUAUUUUAAUUUUACAGGCCAAAAAAGAUCAAUUCGAGAAAGGCGGAUUCCGUCCGCUGAGUCUCCUGUGCUAUAAGCUAAACUCAAUGAAAGAACCAAAGGAAUUCUUCGAGAUACUGUCCGAGCUAAGACAUGAGACCACCUAUGCCAUACCUAAGCCGACACCUAUCAGUUGCACUCACACACUUAGCAAGGAAUUAUUGUUGCAUCGUGACAACCAAUGCAUAUAAGCAGGGGUCGGACAAAAAGUGCGGAUGACGUAAAAAUGACGUAAUCUUGCACACAGGUGAUGUUUGAGUUUGUAUUUAAAUUUCCGUGUGACAUGUAGUAACAAAGUAGUAUUAAUGAAGUAACAAAAUAAUCGUAAAUAAAUCCAUGGAAUUAAUAAUACAGGUGGUAGGGUGAUGUAGUGAAUAAAAUAAAUUUCACGAAACUUGUUACCAUAAGGUAUAAUUAUUUGAAAUUAGUUAGAACAAGUCUGUGGGAUUGCCACAAUAUUCGAGUAAAGAUGACAUUUUAGAGCGUUUUCUUAUACAUUAGUAAAUAUAAAUUUUAGCUAAAUAUAAUCGUGAAGAUACAAUAGCUAAACAAUAACGAAGUCAAUUUAUUGUUCAUCUGAUUGACAAUGUGUCAGUCAAAAACCUACUUACUCAUUUCAAGUGGCGAUAUCGUUUAAUAAAGAGGUUGAUAAAUGAUAAGUGAUAGUUGUUUAUGAAUCACAAAAAUACAAUUUGAAAUCAUCCUAUAAGUGGUUUGACGUCAUCCGCACUUUUUGUACGACCCCUGCAUAUAAGUGACCACGGUGAUGGCCAAAUCUUGUAGACGUCUGAUGUUCAAGGAGAGAAGACGGAGAGCGUGGGUUCAAAUCAGUGGUGUAGCUUGAAUUUAUAUUAUCUUAAUAAUAAAGAGCGUGAACUUAAGAGGCUGUCAACACCCAAUGUCCUUGAAAUUGAUGUUACUUAAACAGUUUUUUAAGAAAGACUAUUUGUUUUAGUCAAGUAAGAAAAAUAUAUGUUUAUAUUAAUUAUAUUUCAAAGACCGUGGUUGUACUCGAUACACGAUUGACCGAAAUCGGCUCUAUAGAAAAUAAUUGCAACGAUUGGUCUUAAAAUCACAAUUAAACGGUUUUAUGUCUUUAUUGUUUUGACUUUUAGGUCUGCAAUUAAAAUCACAAUUUCAAUAAAAUCGUUGAGUAAAAUAUUACACUAAUAAUCCACUUUUUUUUAUUUAAAUAUUUUUCUUAUUAUUCCCUUGCCCAGGCCCAGUAACAUGCGACAGUGCUAUCUCAUUUACUCCGAUAUAAAUAGACAGUGUGCGCGCUUUAGGUAUUGACAGCCUCUUAAUCUAGCCAUAGGCGAAGUCGCAUCUGCCAAGGCCUUUUCUUUCAAUGCAUAUUCCCAAGAUAAUAUAAAAAGUUUGCAAUGUUGCCGGGCGUACGAUAAAUAGCGUACAGUCAACCAAUUUGAAUAUAGAACCUUGUCGCUUUAACUACUCUAUACAUGACAUGCAUCACUCAAUAAGCGCUGUCGUAGAAGUCAUUAUGACAUGGUUCUAUAGUGGACUAGGAAUCAAAUUGGUUGACCGUACAUGUGGAUACGAUACUUUGGGCUCCGGUACGAUGUAAGGUCCAAAUGAGCAUUAUCGUUCGCAAAAGUACUAUAAUGUUAGGCCUAAAAUGUGACACAUUCACUGAGAUAUAAGUCAAAUCAAAUUAGGCUACAAUUCUUUUUGGGCGUUAGGCUUCUUAGGUGUAAGGCAAUUGCGUCAAAAAUUACAAAUUUCCCCUGAACUGUUGUCGAACUAUCGCAAUGAAGCUCAAAUUUAAAACAGAGUUUUGAGAAAUUAUGAUAAUUCUGUUUUCUAUAAAUAUAUAUUGGACAAAUAAGUUUAUUUUUAUUUAGUUUAUUUAUAUCAAGUAAUUUUAGGGGUAGUGUCUUUUAGAUAGACUUACGAAUCGUACGAUAUUUUUUCAUUGGUACCUACGAUAAUUUUGACACUCAACCUCGCUGUCUCCUCUUGGCGGGCCCGUUAGUGCGAGGCCGUGGGCAAGGGGCCACUAGGCCUAUGGCCUAGCCACGCCACUGGUCCAAAUCCGUGCUUGUACAAUUGGCUACUUGACAGUUUUUGUAAAUAAUGUCAAACGAUCUUGAUUUUCCUGAGGAUCAAAUGUCUAUAUGGGACUUGUGGCAUUUAAGCAACACAAAGAUCAGAAAUUAGAGUUAAAGUCUGACGCUCGCACUCGACGAUUGAAACGCCUGUAACAAAAUUACAAUGUGCUGUGACGUCACAUCAUAUAAGUCUGUCCUAAAUGUAUGGAAGAUCAAGGAAAUUGCCAUUUUGACCCUGAAGUAUUGCGUUUAUGUGUAUAGACGUCAUCCAAUUUAUUUUUCAAUAAAGUGUAAGGAAUCGAAUGGUACCAUUUUUUUUUCUAUUUAUGAAAGACAAAAAAAAGUUCUUUUGUUUAAACUUUGGAGCCUUGUAUUUUUUUAUAAUCUCAAUAUAAUUUUUUGAAUUCCACUUUUUUAUAAUGGAUGGCUCAUUUUCUAUCCAUUUUGUUAUAAUAUUCAACAUGUGUCAAGUACCCAAUUGCGUCAAAAAUUACAAAUUUCCCCUGAACUGUUUUCGAACUAUCGCAAUGAAGCUCAAAUUUAAAACAGAGUUUUGAUAAUUCUGUUUUCUAUAAAUAUAUAUUGGACAAAUAAGUUUAUUUUUAUUUAGUUUAUUUAUAUCAAGUAAUUUUAGGGGUAGUGUCUUUUAGAUAGACAUACGAAUCGUACGAUAUUUUUUCAUUGGUACCUACGAUAAUUUUGACACUCAACCUCGCUGUCUCCUCUUGGCGGGCCCGUAAGUGCGAGGCCGUGGGCAAGGGGCCACUAUGCCUAUGGCCUAGCCACGCCACUGGUUCAAAUCCGUGCUUGUACAAUUGGCUACUUGACAGUUUUUGUAAAUAAUGUCAAACGAUCUUGAUUUUCCUGAGGAUCAAAUGUCUAUAUGGGACUCGUGGCAUUUAAGCAACACAAAGAUCAGAAAUGAGAGUUAAAGUCUGACGCUCGCACUCGACGAUUGAAACGCCUCUAACAAAAUGAUAAUGUGAUGUGGCGUCACAUCAUAUAAGUCUGUCCUAAAUGUAUGGAAGAUCAAGGAAAUUGCCAUUUUGACUCUGAAAUAUUGCGUUUAUGUGUAUAGUUGUCGUACAAUUUAUUUUUCAUUAAAAUGUAUGGAAUCGUAUGGUACCAUUUUUUUAAUCUAUUUUUGAAAGACAAAAAAUAAUAUUUUUUUAGACUUUGGAGUCUUGUAUUUUUUUAUAAUCUCAAUAUAUUUUUUUGAAUUCCACUUUUUUAUAAUGGAUGGCUCAUUUUCUAACCAUUUAACUAAAUUUUGUUAUAAUAAUACAACAUGUGUCAAGUACCCAAUUAUGGUCAGAAAUGUACUCAAUCAUUGAUAGUUAACUAAAUUAAGAGCAAAAUACCUACCUAUUGAAGUUAUAUCUAACGUGAUAAAACUUGAAUGUCAUGUUUUAUAUUUCCAAUGAGUUUUAAUGUAUGUCGCUGUAAUCAAUUAAAAAAUAAUUGAGAAAUGAAAA